AUGUGGAAGAAACUAGGGCUGCCGAAACCCAUCCCCUAUGACAGUGACGAUGAAGCAUGGGAUACCCCUCCACCAGCCACCACCAGCACCGAAACGCCACCGGCUACUGAACCAGCGACCGGACUCACUGACUCACCGGCCGCCCAGACAUAUCGCCGGCAAAAGAAACGGCAAAGAACACCGCCACCACCAUCCACAAUAGCCCCAGCGGCAAACCCUGCGGGCGAAAUGCUACCUGAAACCACCACUUCCUCCGGCCACGGCCAGAAACGGCUGAGAAUACAGUCGCCACCCCCGCCACCAAGAUCAACACUAGAACCUACCAUUGCCACACAUCCCGCAGGACACAAAGAAAGUGGUACACCCACUGCCUCCACCAGCGAUAUGCCCACCGAUACGCCCACGGACCUGCCAAGUAAUAUGCCCACUGAUGCGCCCAGCAAUGCGCCAAACGCUAGCGAUGUACCCACUGAUGUGCCCACUGAUGUGCCCACUGAUGCGCCCACAGACUUACCCUGCGACACACUCAGCGAUAUGCCCAGCAAUUUGCCCAGCGAUUUGCCCAAGCCAGCAUACCCAGAUCACAUCGUCAAAGCACUGAUAUUCAACAAAAUUUCUGAGCGCACCAGGCUGCUUAAAAUCUCAUCCCUACCAUAUCACACAGGGGUAGGAAAAUUCAUCUUGGAUAUUGGGUUGCCACCCAACUAUCCAGCAUCAUACAGUAUAACAGGCCACUGA